AUGGUCUUAAACUAUAGCGAAUCAGCAAUCGAACUUCCUCUGGAGAUAAUAGAGCUCAUAAUUGACGAACUCUUCGCAAGAAAUGAUAAAGCUACCCUGCGCAACAUCUCGCUUACAUCGCGUCGUUUUGUCAAUCGUUGCCAGAAAAAUCUUUUCCACACUAUCGAUCUCGAAGACAGGUGCAUGUCAGGGGAAGAAUAUUAUCGAAGGUUGUUCUAUACAGUGUCGACGACACCCAAGAUUUGUGACUACGUAAAGGAGCUCCGCCUCGUGGAUACCUACGUAUGGAACAAGGACGAGGAUUGGUUGUGGUUGGCGACAGAGGACAGUAUUUGUGAUUUAUUGGACUACCUCCCCAAUCUAUCUUCCUUUUCUCUCAAAGUCAACACUGGUACCCCAAACUGGACAGCUUUCAGCCCUUGCAUCCGACGCUCUCUCAUCCAACUUGCACAGCGACCAUCCAUCGUGUCAUUCUCCCUCACUCAUAUCCAUGACUUUCCACCUACGCUAUUCGUCACCUUGGCCACAAUCAGGCGGCUCGAACUAAACGAUCUCAAGGUGCACGAUCUCUGCCUGACAUCGUCACUCGGUGUUGCUCUCAGCCUUGCCACGAUACCUAUUCCGAGGUUGGAAUCGCUGGUAAUCAAGUCUGUGUCUUCCGCGACUCUGUACGUUCUGCGUAAUAUCCUGGAUUUAUACCCGCGACCAUCGCUCAGAACUUUGCGCGUAGCCCAAAUGGACGAUAAGGAUGAAGAGAUGAUCAAUGAGCUAUGGAGUAUAAUGCAAUGGGCUGCCGACACCAUCACCGAAUUAGAAUGGCGACCUGCCACGCGCCCGCGCACACCUGCAAAUAUGCCACCGGCCCCUAUCGACAUCCGGAUUUUGAGCCAUCUUGAAUCGCUCCACUUCCUCGUCAACUUUCACUCCGAGGACCAGCCGAUCUUCUCCUCUCUGCUCGAUUUGCUUUCGAGGGUCUCGUCCGGAUAUAAUUUUUGCGAACUCGUCAUCGAGUGCAUGUUCGUCAAGGCCGUCGAAUUGGUCGCUUGUGGAAGCGACUGGCUUGCCCUGGACACCAUGCUGACAAAACCAGAGUUUGAUGGGUUGAAGAGGGUCGUAUUUCGUGCACGACCUGCCCAUUUCAUGAAACUCCCUGCUAAAACAAUCCUGAUGGAACAGCUACCCGUGGCACGAGCAAAAGGGGUCAAACUCAUCUUUGACAUGGAUUACCCAUGA